GUUGCUGCUGUCGUGGGCCUGUUUUGGACAGAGGGCAGAAGAAAAAAAAAAAGCAAGUUUUGGCAUCAUGACGGAGACUUUAGGAUGGUGGCAGCUGGCAGCUAUUUGACAUUUUGAUUUUCUUAUUGGGCUACGGAUUGUUUGGACGGAUUUUCGUUUUGCGCGGCGAAGACACCCAAGGAACUCUUUCUUUUCCUUCUUCUCUGAUCCAUAUCAGGAGGAGGCGGCGGAGAGGGAGCAAGAGGACCGCUCCUCGUCGUCGAGGACUUGGAUGUCGUCGGACUACCGCUCAUCCGAGUCCCCAAACGAUCCAGAACGGCUGGGAUGGGCUCCCAUAAGAAUGUCUCCUUGGCCUCUAAAGCUCUGACCUUUCCCUUUGUUUCUGUCUCUUUGUGCCAAAUUUCUGACCUUUUCUGGAGGGCGUUGCUGUUCUUGUGCUCUGCUCCCUCCUUACGUCAUAAAUUUUGUUUCUUUGGUAGAUGACAGUGUUGACGCCUUCCAAAUCUCUUGUUUUCAAAUGCAAAGGUGGUUUUUUUUUUUUUUUUUUUGCCUAAAAUCCUCUCUCUCGUUUUAAAUGAGGAGGAGGUUAGGGUUUCCUCCUUAUCUCCCGUUCCUUUCGGAAGGGAGUGAAUCGAUCAGUUGGGCUUUCUUUUUAUAUUGGAAUCUAAAUGGGGGAUCCCAAGAAGAAGGGGGCGGGGCUCUCGCAAUUGGAGCUCUUCUUGUUCUUUAGGUUUAUUUAAGAAGAGAGCACCACCUCCUUCUUCUGAUCUUUGGUUAAUAGCUUUAGAUUCCAUUACUUCUUGCACUUGGAGAUUUUCUUUUCUUUUCGGUCCUCUCUCUCUCUCUCUCUCUCUCUCUCUCUCUCUCAUAUUGGAAUCAAAGUCGGGGAUUCCUUUUUGGGUUUAAUCCAGAGAGUUGUUAUCGUCAGCCCUAUCCAAAGAUCCAGUUUUCAUCUUUCAUUUGCUAUUACCAUCUUAAAGAAGUCCUCUGCGUUGGGAAUUAUUAUAAACCUCUUGCAGCACCGAUCAAAAGGAGUCUCCACUUUACUCUUCUUGCUUUUAUUGCUAGUUUGAACAUCUUUGUUUUAUUUCUACUUGUUGCGUUUGAUCUCAUUGAUGUGCAAUGUGUGUGGUCCCUCACUUUCUCAUGUUCAUUUCGAAUCAUUUAGAGCAUCCUUGACAAGGAGUUCUUCACGGAAUAUGGUGAGGCUAUUAUAGUCUACUUGGUAAAUCGGAAGGUAUUACAAAUAUUUUGACAGGUUAUUAUUAUCUUUGGAAUUUCUUUAUCCGCUGAUACUUGCAACUUAGAUAGUCUAUGCCAGGUUAUUCUGUAAAAUGACUUCCCUGUAAGUUUGAUUGGAAAGGGUGAUUUACUUUUCUUUUUUCUAUUUCAGAAAUAAUGCUAUUAUUUUUGAAAUGGAAUACUCCCUGUCCCCGUUCAUUGGCUUCUCGAAAACAUUGUGCAUCUGUUAGACCUGUUGUUCCCUGAAAAACACUAGCACUCGGGAUGUGCUAUACAAACGGAAGCAAACCUUGUGCUUGAGAAGUUAUGUAUGUUGGCAUUUCUAUGUUCAUCUUGGCUGCAUAUUCAUGCAGGAUAGAUUUGCAAAGCACUAUAUCUUAGAAAUGCAACUAAGAUAGAGUGUUUUACAAAUCUAUCCGGCAUGAGUAUGCAACCAAGAUGAUAUAGAAAUGCCAACAUACAAAACUUCUCAAGCACAAGGUUUGCUGCCAGUUUUUAUCUCUUCUGUUACUUUUGAUGGAAGAUCUUAUACUGCUGUUGUUGGCAAGGAAAAAAAAAAGGAGGCAGAACAACUGGGAGCUCGUACUGUUAUUGAGUCAUUUUUAGGAAACUCAGAUACAAGGACUCUAAUGAUUGAAAUUAUAAACUCCGAUCUCAGAUGCUCAGAUUAUAUGAUGUGAUCUGUAAAGGCAGUGACUUUAGAAAGGAACAGCACAUAGAGAAGAAGCCCUGUAAUAAGAUGCAACCUGGCCUGACAUAUGAUAAGUCACCUAACCCCGUAGUUUCUGAGACAGUUCGACAAAUUGGCUCAACAAGUAAUAUUUCUAGUUCCCUUUUGGCUGAUUCUAAGCUGGCACACUGCAUUCAAGAUUGAGAUUCUAGUGGAUGUGCAGAUACACUUUUAAAUUAUUCGCAAGCUAUGGUUCCUACAGGCAGCAAAGAGAGACUGAGAAAUAAGAAAGGAAAAUCUCAAUUGAAGAAAACUUGAACUGACAACCAAAUUCCAUAGAUGGAGCCUGCGGAACCUCAUGGAUAUCUAAAGCACGCUUGCUGAUGGGGGCAACGGUCCACUGAAGCUGCCAUGCUCUUUUGUUGGAACACCUGAUCUGGAAUGCCUACUUAAGGGAUGCAGCAAAGGAAGAGAUGGUCCGCAGUAGGAGCAUUCUGAUUUCUUUUCUUUGGCUUGUCUUCCAUCAGCACCUUGUUAUUCUAAUUACUUCAGCAUUUUCUGGAGCUGAACAUUUCGGCAAGCUAUUCAUGUGAAAAUGGAAGACAGAUCUGCAGUUGUUCACACUAGAAAAAAUUUGCUUCGUUUCGGCAGCUUCCUUACCGCGGUUGUGGUCCUAGCGUUCCGCAUGAAAUAAGACUUUGGGGCCUCACUGGGAGUCUCAUGCUACAACACUAUCAACAGCAAACAUCUUCAUCAACCUAUCAAAACUAGACACACUUUACUUGAGGCUAGCCCACCAGAGAAGAACAGUUUCUAGAAGUGAGUUGGUGAUCCAUUUAUUUCCGCCAACUUUAUAGCAGAUCCGUUUCUCGGCGGCUUAUGCGUCUCGUGCUCCUCCUUACCCCUGGCUGUUUUCCUUCGACCUCUUGGUCAAAAGGAGUCACCGACCCCUCACUUUCCUCUCCCGUCUCUCCUCUGUUACACAUUUAUUAGUUCACAUUGCCACCCAGGAGACAGAAGGUUGGAGGAAAAAAAACAAAGAAGGAGAGAGAGAGAGAGGGAGAGAAUCCUAUCAACAACUAUCAUCUUCUAUUUCCUCUUAGCCCCCACUCUUUUUGUCCACCAACUAUACCAGAGGAAUGAAUCAAACCAGCAGGUGGAUGCUUAUCUUGUGCAACCAAAGAGAGGCCUUCAGUUUCCUCCUCUUCCUUGCUACUUCUCAUGUUCUCUUCCAUUCUUCGUUUGGUGCUACUAAGAGUACUCCCACCUUCAAACCCAUCAAACUUGAUUGCUCAGAUGAUUCGUUCAUCCAAGAUGACACAACUCGGACUAGUCUUGAGGCCCUCUUCUCCUCCCUGAGAUCCAAGGCUUUGCGUUCCAAUUCCGGCAGCGGGGCAAUUGGAAGCGGUCCUGGCGCCAUCUAUGGCUCCUUCCUCUGCCAAAGUGAUCUCUCUUAUGAAGACUGCCGGACUUGCAUCCAUAUGGCAGCAGCCAAUCUCCUUCAGAGUUGCUCCUCCUCCUCCUCCUCCGCCUCCUCACGCCGUGGUGCUAUAUGGAUAAACUGCUGCCAAUUACACUACUCGGAUCGCAAUAUCCACGGAGUCGCGGGUAUUAAUGGAUUCAACUUAGCCAGCCUCCAUGAGGAAACCAAUUCAAUGAAACCAAUAGAGCAGGUGUCGAAACCCACGAAAGCAGUCAAUUAUCUGCGUCGCCUCAUGGACGCGCCGCAACCAACAGCUGCUAGUGAUGGAGCAGGGGAUGGAAAGAAAUCAAGUUCUGGUGCAAUGCCUAUCAUGAUUUCAAUUCUGGCAGUGGUUCUUGCUGGCACUUCUCUCUACUGCAUCUACUGCUGGAGAUGGAGGAAACGCAACGCCAUCAGAAGAGCUCAAAUCGAGAAUCUCAGACCUCUACCAAGCUCCGACUUGCCUCUGAUGGAUCUGUCUACAAUACAAGCAGCCACCAAUAACUUCUCCGAAGAAAAUAAACUUGGGGAAGGUGGAUUUGGCCCCGUCUACAGAGGCGUGCUCUGCGGUGGCAACGAGGUUGCGAUAAAGAGGCUUUCAGCCAAAUCCAGGCAGGGUGCCGUGGAGUUUAGGAAUGAGGUGGAGCUGAUUGCAAAGCUUCAGCACAGGAAUCUUGUGAGGUUGCUGGGCUUCUGCGCCGGGAAAGAUGAGAAGCUGCUCAUCUAUGAAUACCUGCCCAACAGAAGCCUUGAUUCCUAUCUGUUUGAUCCAAGCAAGAGGUGUCAGCUGGAUUGGAAGAAACGCCACCAAAUUAUAGCAGGAAUUGCACGGGGUCUUCUAUACCUUCAUGAGGACUCGCUGCUCAAAGUCAUUCACAGGGAUCUCAAAGCCAGUAAUGUGUUGCUGGACAAUAAAAUGAACCCAAAAAUAUCGGACUUCGGCAUGGCAAAGAUUUUCGAAGGAGAAGAAAAUGAAGUUACCACUGGCAAAGUCGUCGGGACGCUUGGAUACAUGGCUCCAGAGUAUGCCAUCCAGGGUAUUUUCUCUGUGAAGUCAGAUGUGUUCAGCUUUGGAGUUCUUCUGCUUGAGAUUUUGAGUGGGGAAAGGAAUGGAGGAUCUUAUCUCCACCAACACGGCCACACUCUUGUAAAACAUGCAUGGCAACUUUGGACUAGAGACAGAUCAACUGAAUUCAUGGAUCCAUUGCUUGGGGACUCAUAUCCAAAGAACGAAGCUUGCCGAUGCAUCCAUGUUGGUUUGCUCUGUGUUCAGGAGAAUCCAGAGGACAGGCCCACCAUGUCAUCAGCUGUUCUCAUGUUGAGAAGCGAUCAAACGCCAUUGUCUCCACCAUCAGAGCCUCCAUCCUAUGCACGAUCGAAAACACCGGAACUGCAGAUGUCCCCAAUUAUGUUUUCUACUUCGACUGGAACUCAAACUGUAAAUGAAGUCACAAUUACUCUUGUCGAACCGCGAUAGUGCAUCCAUGCAUGCAGCAAACCUUGUUUGAUAAGUUUUUGAGUGUUGGAAGUUGCUUGAGAGUGUGAAUGUAAUUUUUGUGUUACAAAAGGAAGUAAAAGGCAAUGUUUUUCGAAAUAA